AUGGGCGAUGAUUCAGAGUCGAUGGAAUCAGGACAUGGUGUGGUGGAGCUGCCCUUUACUGGUGAUGGACGAAUUAGAGGUGAUGAAGAUCGAAGUCCUGAGACUUUCGCCUUUCCAGUAAUCAAGAUCGAAGAAUUUCAAGAACCCUCUGAUGACACCCCCAGUAAAUCUCGGAGAAGGAGCCCGCGACGGUCUGGUAGAGGUACGAAUGCGGUAAGUAGUGGGUCGAGUGGCGGGGGAAGUGUUACGCGUCGAAGACGGUCGAGCAGCCGCGCGUCAAGCAAGAAUCUCAAAAGCUCGACUGACAUUUCGCCUGCUUCGAUGAUAUUUCGGAAUUUGUUGAUCUUAGAAGAUGAUUUGAGGAGUCAAGCGCGCGGUCAACAGCUGCUGAAAUGGCAAUUUACCAUUUUUUUGUCAGUUCUGAUGGGUAUUGCUGCCUAUGCAUUUUGCGAGUUAUACUUUUCACAAAGGAAUAUAAGAGGACUUUUCAAAGUGUUUCUUCAAUUCAUCAUCAUAUUCAUUCUCGUUACUGUUAUUCUUUUUCAUCUCAGUGGCGAGUACAAGAGGACCAUCGUGAUACCGCGAAAGUUCUUCACGUCGACGAACAAAGGCAUUCGCCAGUUUAAUAUAAAAUUAGUCAAGGUGAAAAGCUCGGUCUCUGACCAAAUUGUUGACAUUUUCAGGUGGCUGUGUAGAACAGUGGCGAAUUGGAACAUUUUCCUGAUGAACAGGAUUUUGCCCAAGGGACUUAUUGGUCAAAGUGCUUUGCACCGAUUUUGGGCUCUCGUCGCUAUUAGAUCCCAGCCUCGCAUUGGAGCAGUUGAUGUCAAAUUGGUCAUGAAUCCUAGGGCUUUUAGUGCCGAGGUCCGUGAGGGUUGGGAAAUAUAUCGCGACGAGUUUUGGGCACGAGAGGGCGCUAGAAGAAGAAAAGUCGUCAAUGAAUUGAGUCCAAAAAGAAGCUAA